AAUUCUUCCUCUUAAAAACUUCUUCAACUUCAACCACCACAACAUUUUUUUUCGUGAACUACCAUGAACCCCUCUGCUGAGAACUAUCCCGCCGCCAUCAUCCCUGCUCAUGAUGAGGAUGCCAUGUCCGUCAUGACUGAGGAGGACCUCAUCGCCAGUCUGAGUGACAACAUCUCCUUUGCCAGCUCCACCCCUGGACAAUUUGUUGCUCCCUCUCCCCUUCGUCCCUUGGUAGCGAAUGCUGCUACAACAGUCUUGUCUUUGUCAGAGAAACUUAGACUAGAACUUCAACAGCAUGUGGAGGCUGUCAGCGCUGCUCACGCUAUGAACGAUGAGCAAGCAGCUGAAUUAGCCCUUAAUAAGGUCAGACGCGUCAAAGAAAUGAUAGAUAUAGAAAUAGCAUGCAGUCAGUACCUUUCGCCUUCUGUGAAAGUUGUAGAGAAGAGCAGUCGCACUGGAGGGUUGACUCUUAAUAGAAGAGAUCUUCCUAAGUUCCAGUUGGCAGACGAUGUGAUUAGAUCCUUCCCGAAUGAAGAGGUCUUUCACUCAGUAGACCACUUCCUUCGCACCUUCCAAAAGGUUAUUGAGUCGUCCCUUCAGGACAUUGAACUAGUUUGGAAGAGAUUUUUACCGCUCUGCUUGCCUCAUAGUGACGAUGGAUGGGUAGAGAUG